AGAACUCUCGAAAAUUUGCUUGACUUUUCUUUUUUUUUAUUUUCCUCUGUACAAAUCGGAAAACCCUAGAUUAAACCUCUUAAGGUCGAAUUUGAGGUGUUGAUUUUGGAAAUUGCGGGGGGGAGUGAAGAGGAUUGGCGUUUAUCAUCGUGGCGGCAUGGAGAAAUGGAUUGAGACGGCGGUGGAGUGUCUGGUACCGUCGUGGUGGGAGGUCAAAGUGACGGUUGCCGCUUCGGUUUUCGUGAUCUUGUCGUAUUGGUUUUUCACGUAUGGAGGCGGAGAUAGGGGUUGUGGCGGUGAUCGAUCGCAGUUUGGAGAGAAUUCUGACUCUGCCGGCAAUGGAUUUCUUUACGAUAACGACAAGAUGAACCAUUCCAACGGAGAUUCAAAAACCAAUUCUGCAUAUAUAAUCAAGGUGGGUUUGCUUGCAGCUAGGAAUCUUAUUGGUGCAAACUUGAAUGGCACAUCUGAUCCUUAUGCUGUGAUUACCUGUGGUUCUGAAAAAAGAUUUAGUUCAAUGAUUCCUGGUUCUAGAAAUCCUAUGUGGGGAGAGGAGUUCAAUUUUUCUGUUGAUGAGCUUCCUGCCCAGAUUAAUGUGACAAUAUAUGAUUGGGAUAUAAUUUGGAAGAGUGCUGUUCUUGGUUCAGUAACUGUCCCUGUUGAAAGGGAAAGUGAUACUGGUACAGUGUGGCACACAUUAGAUAGUUCAUCUGGACAGGUUUGUUUACACAUUAAAACAAUUAAACUCCCAGUUAAUUCUGCCAGGGUUAUGAAUGGAUACACUGGGGCUAAUGCUAGAAGGAGGAUUUCAGUUGAUAAAGAAGGACCUAUGGUGGUUCAUCAAAAGCCAGGGCCUUUGCAGACAAUAUUUGAUCUCCCUCUUGAUGAGGUUGCAGACCACAAUUAUUCUUGUGCACUUGAGAGGUCAUUCUUAUAUCAUGGCCGUAUGUAUGUCUCUGCAUGGCACAUAUGCUUCCAUUCUAAUGUGUUCUCUAAGCAAAUGAAGGUGGUAAUACCAUUUGGUGAUAUUGAUGAGAUACGUAGGAGUCAGCAUGCAUUUGUAAAUCCUGCUAUAACAAUCAUUCUCCGGAUGGGUGCUGGUGGCCAUGGUGUACCUCCUUUAGGAAGUCCUGAUGGUAGAGUCAGGUAUAAAUUUGCAUCAUUUUGGAACAGGAACCAUGUAUUAAGAGCAUUACAGCUUGCAGUGAAGAACUACCAUGCUAGGAUAGAAGCAGAGAAAAAGGAGAGAGCUGAGUCAGAAUUGCGUGCACAUAGUAGCUCAAUUAAGACUGUUAAGUCACCCAAGACGCCUAUAGAUAGUUCAUCCAAAACUGAAAAGCUUCAAGCCUUUGUCAAAGAAGAGGUUCUUGUUGAUAUUCACAAUGACGUAUUUCCAUGCACAGCAGAGCAAUUCCUUAACAUACUGUUAAGCAAUGGUUCUCCUUUCUUAUAUGAUUAUCGUUCAGCUCGGGGGGAUAGUAAUCUUAAUAUAGAAGAAUGGCAUGCUGCAGAUGAAUAUGAUGGUCAAGUACGAGAGAUAACAUUCAGAUCUGUUUGUAACAGUCCCAUGUGCCCACCAGAUACAGCCAUGACUGAGUAUCAGCGUCAUGUUUCAUCUCCUGAUAAGAAAAAGCUUGUUUUUGAAACUGUACAACAGGCACAUGAUGUUCCUUUUGGGUCCUGUUUUGAGAUUCACUGUCAGUGGUGUUUGGAGACCAAUUCAGAAAAUUCGUCCUCUAUAUAUAUAAAAGUAGGUGUACAUUUUAAGAAAUGGUGUUUGAUGCAAUCCAAAAUCAGGGAAGGGGCUAUCAAUGAGUACAAGAAAGAGGUUGAGAUGAUGUUGGAGGUCGCCCGCUCAUUUACCCACUCACGUACUUCUGGUGGUGAGGCCGAUGAGUCCACAUCCUCACCCUCAGCCAUUCAAGAUAGCAGCUGAUGCCACCAGCUUCACAAACUAGACGCACACGGUUCCAUUUUAUUGUACAUUUUCCUUUAAAUUCAUGCCAUUGAAAUGAAAUGUACAGCUACCUCUUCUGAUCGUCGUUCUUUUUUGAACUCCAUUCAUGUGUUCUGGUAAAGCAUGGUAUAAUGGCAACAUAUUUUUUCUGUUGAGGCUGCUGGCAUUUCCGUGUAUGCCUAUAUGCUUAAAAAAAAAACAUAUAAUAAUGUAAAUAAAAGAAAUUCAUUUUC